AUGAAAUACGAACAUUCAGAUAAAAUAGAAGAAUAAACAAUCAAACUCGAAGAGCUCAUAACUCAAGUCCAAUAAGAUUUGCAAGAAAUACAACAAUACAAAACUAAUUGUCAGAUCAAAUGCUAAUAUUGUUAACUGGUUCAUAAUACUUAAAAUACCUCAUUUAAGAAUUGCAUCCAAAACUUAUUCUAGAAAUCCAAAUAACUAAUAAACAAAUACGAGUCAAAUCAAAAUAAGACUGUUUUAGUCAAUAAAUUCAGAAGCAGAAAACAACUACUAUUAAAAUCGCAUAAGAAGAGAUCUUAAGAAGGUUGGUUGAUUUAGCAAAUAUAAAAAUGGAAUGAGUUUCUAAAGAGUUAUGAGAGGACAAAAUUUUAUCCUGGAAAAAUGGCAAUACAUAAGAGAUGGACCUUCUAUGUUAUUAAGGUGUAUCAUUGCCAGUAUUGUCUUAAAGAAUUCAAGUCAGCUUACAGAACUAAAUAUCACAUGAAAAAGCAUUGCAGAAAACGGUCUAUUCCAUUUGCGGAGAAGGAACCAAUAGUUAAGAAUAAAAUCAUAAAGACUAUCUUUAAAUAAUUCUGA